AGCAAACGAGGCAUAACAAGACGAAGAAUAUCGAUCAUCACACGCAAAGCACGUGAGUACAAGAUCUAGAGCGUAAAUUUUGCGGUGGCGCAGAAGAAUCAGAGAAAGAAUCAAAUCAUCGAUAGAUCAUGAGAACUCACCGCACGCAAACUCACUCCGGCGAAUAUCGAUCAUCUUCAUCUCUUCUUCUGAUUCUAACAAUAACAUGUUUCCUUCUUCUCUCUUUCUCAAUUCCCACCAAUUCCGAAGUCAUCACUUUAACUUCCGACACCUUCUCCGAUAAGAUAAAGGAGAAAGAUACUGCAUGGUUUGUCAAAUUCUGUGUUCCAUGGUGCAAAUAUUGCAAGAAUUUGGGCUCAUUGUGGGAUGAUGUGGGUAAGGCAAUGGAAAAUGAAAAUGAAAUAGAGAUUGGAGAAGUUGAUUGCGGCACGGAUAAAGCUGUUUGUUCUAAAGUUGAUAUUCAUUCAUAUCCUACCUUUAAGGUUUUCUAUGAUGGAGAAGAAGUUGCCAAAUAUCAAGGUAAAAGGGAUAUUGAAUCAUUGAAAGCUUUUGUUUUGGAUGAAGCUGAAAAGGCAGCAGCAAACGCACAACUUGACAAUGAUAAAGAAAUAUAACGAGUUUUGAGUCAUUACCUAGACUACAUUCAGCUCUUACGGCAGGCAGUGCACAUGCCAAAUUUGUAAAGAUCUGUUCUGCUAUGUUAUGAUUAAUCAACAUCUUUUUAGUUUAUUUUGCACACGCCAAAAUUUGUAGAACUAAUUCUGCACACUACCAUAUUUUGUACAACUACAUAAAAUUUAUGGCGUAUUGUUCACAUCGAGGUAUUUAAUUGUUUAGGAAUCAUGCUUGAGGAUUUGUUAUUUCAAUCACUUGCUCAAGAUGUUGUGUUUUGUCGGACCUACGUGUGUGUGAGAUCAUUUUAUGCCAUUAAUCAUUAAAUAGAUACUCAUAAAGCUA